AUGAAACCAGGAAACCAAACACGUAUUUCUCAAUUUAUCCUACUGGGGCUCUCAGAAGAGGCAGAGCUGCAGCCCCUCCUCUUUGGACUGUUCCUCUCCAUGUACCUAGUUACAUUCAUCGGAAACCUGCUCAUCAUCAUGGCCAUCAUCAUGGACUCCCACCUCCACACACCCAUGUACUUUUUCCUCUCUAACCUUUCUUUCUCAGACAUUUGCUUCACCUCUACCAUUGUCCCAAAGAUGCUGCUGAACAUUCAGAUGCAGAAUAAAGUUAUUACAUAUGAAGAUUGCAUUACCCAGAUAUAUUUUUUCAUGGUUUUUGCAGGAUUAGACAAUUUUCUUUUGACAGUGAUGGCUUAUGACCGAUUUGUUGCCAUCUGUCACCCUCUGCACUACACGAUCAUCAUGAACCCCAAGUUCUGUUGCCUCCUCAUUUUGGCAUCCUGGUUAUUACUUGUUCUGGACUCACUAUUGCAUGUCUUAAUGAUUUUGCAACUGUCUUUUUGUGCAGAAUUAGAAAUCUCCCACUUUUUCUGUGAGCUUAAUCAGGUAAUCCAACUUGCUUGUUCUAACACCAUCAUCAUUGACUUAGUGAUGUAUUUCGCAACUGGACUUCUGGGUGUUAUUCCACUUAUUGGUAUCCUUUUCUCUUACAGUAAGAUUGUGUCCUCCAUUAUGAAAAUUUCAUCAGCUGAAGGCAAGUCUAAAGCCUUUUCCACUUGUGGGUCUCACCUCUCAGUCAUUUCCUUGUUCUAUGGUACAGGUCUUGGAGUUUAUCUUAGUUCUGCUGCUACCCAAACCUCUAGGGCCACUGCAAUAGCCUCAGUGAUGUACACUGUUGUCACCCCCAUGCUGAACCCUUUUAUCUACAGUCUUAGAAAUAAGGAUAUAAAGCAGGGCCUACGAAAACUUUUCAACUGA